GGCCAAUGGGAGGGAGCAGGCCGGGUGAGGGGGACAUCCUGGAGACGAGCCCGGGGGCGAGCGGGGCCCUGGCAACGGCCACGGGAUGAACGUCGGCGUGGCGCACAGCGAGGUGAACCCCAACACGCGGGUGAUGAACAGCCGGGGGAUCUGGCUGGCGUACGGGAUCUCUGUGGGAGUCCUGCACGUCGUGCUCCUCAGCAUCCCCUUCUUCAGCAUCCCCGUGGUCUGGACACUCACCAACGUCAUACACAACUUGGUCAUGUACGUGCUGCUGCAUGCGGUGAAGGGGACGCCCUUCGAGACCCCAGACCAGGGCAAGGAUCGCCUGCUCACGCACUGGGAGCAGAUAGACUACGGGACACAGUGCACCUCCUCGCGCAAGUUCCUCAGCGUCUCCCCGGUGGUGCUGUACCUCCUCACCAGCUUCUACACCAAAUACGACCCCGCGCACUUCGUCAUCAACACGACCUCCCUGCUCAGCGUCCUCCUGCCCAAACUGCCCCAGUUCCACGGCGUGAGGGUCUUUGGCAUCAAUAAAUACUGAGGCCCGGCCGGCCACGCUGCCUGGUGGAGCCGGGGGACGCAGAGGGGACACCGGAGCGACACGAGGCGCCGGCUGGAGAGCAGGGGGUGAGGUGUGAGGAGGGCUGGGCACUGGGCAGGCGCCACUCUGGCUCUUGGCUGGGGUUUUAGGAUGGUUCCUCCCUCUUGGAGUAUCUCCUCACUGGGGCUUUGUCUCUUUGGAGCAAGCGGUUGUGCCCCAUACACGUUUAAAGUGCCUCUGAGGGGAGAACUGUCACCUCCGGGGAAGAGUUGCCCGCUGACAACAUCCUCGCCCUCAUGUUUUAUGUUUCCACCCUAAUAAAGAACUUGGGGCACCCGGAGCAGCAUCCUCACAGUGGGACCAGCCCCGACUCACACCCCCCCAGCCCCCACCCUCCCCGCACAGACCAGCCAGACUUCUUCAAACCGUACUUUUAAUUUAAAAGUGAUAAGAAAAAGGGUACACUACCAUUUAAAACCCAGCUGCUCCGCUCUGGGAGUACAAAACCGUGAAGCGAAAAGCAGUUGUGGCCGUUGGCAGCGGCUCUCGGCGCGGGCAGGGGAACAAGUGGCUCCCCCCGGGAGCUUCGUGCAGCCCCCCCGGGGCCGGUACUCCCCCCUGAAAACCGGCACAGCCGCCGUGCUCAGAGCAGGGGGAAACGCUCGGUGAGGCAGCUCGGCCAGAACCGCUCACAAUCCAACAGGAUUUCAGCAGUGGCCCAGACCAGCUCCUGAUUUGGCUUUUUUUUUUUUUCUAAAAAAAAAUAAUAAGCUGCUCUUCGUCCCCAGCACUCGGGGAGGGGACGAGGGUCCCUCAAACCAAGUUGAGGCAGGAAAAGCGAAACCAGAGGCACAGGGGGCCGGGUGGUUCCGGUGAGGAGGAAGAGGAGGAGGAGCGCAGUUAACGUACGCGGGUGUAUUAAUAGAAAGGGGCUGCCUGCGGUAAUAAAUAGAUCUGUAUGAGCAAAA